UCUCCCAGCCUGCGCGCCACGCACAGAACCCGCCACUUCUUACAUCGCACCAUCUCUUGACACUGCGCUUCAUGAUUACAAAUUAAUUACGCGGAAAAAAAAUUUGAAACUUGUAAAGAGAAAAGGCCCUGAUUGCUCGGAGAUUCGUCCCCAAUUGGAGUAAAUGGCGGGUAAUGAUGCAGUGGAAAAUCUCAGGGGGCUCAGAAUCACCUCCUUGGAUGACGACGAUGAAGAGGAAGAAGAACAAGAAGAAAUCGCUAUUGGCGACGACGAUGAAGAAGAAGCAAAUGAUUAUGUCGUUUUAGGUUUCGUCAAAAAGCCCAAGAACUCUCGUUCCCUUCUCCGCCAUUUCUUUCCUUCCAAGGCUGGAGGCCUACCCGCUUGGCUGGAUCCUAUAAAUUUGCCUUCAGGAAGGUCUUUUCUUUGUGACAUAUGUGGAGAACCUUCGCAGUUCCUGCUUCAGUUAUAUGCACCGGAGGAUAUGGAAUAUGCAUUUCACCGGACGGUAUUCGUGUUUAUUUGCACAUCAUUCGUUUGUCUCCGCCGAGAUCAACACGAGCAGUGGAAGCGCCAUCCUGAAAAGCCUUCCAGAAGUGUGAAGGUUUUCCGUUGCCAAUUACUGCGCAGAAAUCCUUUCUACUCGAGUGAGCCCCCCAAAAAAGAUGACAAGCCUUCUGGAGAUGGAGCCACACUUUGUACUUGGUGUGGUACAUGGAAAGGAAUUAAACAGUGCCCUAGUUGCAAAAAGGCAAAUUAUUGCUCAGAGAAACAUCAGGUCAAGCAUUCUCAAUUAGGUCAUGAUUAUGAUUGUCAACGAGUGCGAGUUCCUUCUGAUUCAUGUGACAGCAGCCUCAGUGGUACUAUAACCAUGACUGUGGAACUACAAAAAGUUGCGUGCACCACUAUAUGGCCAGAAUUUAAAAUCAUACAGGAGGAUGAAAGUGCAUUUGACACACAAAUGUCCGAGGAUAAUGGGAGUGCUAAUUCAUUGGUCACCAGGAACCGGACGGAUGAUACAAUAAUGUCCUUGAUGAAGGAAUUUGAGGGCGAUGACGAGAGAAAAAGUUGGGCCUCCUUCGAAGAACGUAUUUCCUUGGCCCCGGAACAGGUGUUAAGGUAUUGUAGAGAUCCUGGUGCCAAACCACUCUGGCCCAUGUCAAGUGGCCGGCCAUCUAAGGAUGAUAUUCCUAAAUGCAGCUACUGCAAUGGUCCUUUGCGUUUUGAAUUCCAGAUUUUGCCUCAGUUGCUAUAUUAUUUCCGAGUGAGGAAUGACGCGGACUCGCUCGAUUGGGCUACGAUUGCGGUGUAUACGUGUGAGGCCUCUUGUGAGGCUGGUGUGGCUUACAAAGAAGAAUAUGCUUGGGUUCAACUCUCUUAGAGGAUGUUUGGUUGGAGGAUUCAAACCA